ACGUCCAGUCACGAUCACCAAUGGACCAGAUCCAAUGGAUGGAAUCUCAUGCACGCUCAGGUUAAUAACUUGUGAUAUUAUUCUUUCACCGGAGGUUUGGUGCCUAACCCAAUGGGAUUGUGAAGGAGAAGUUCUCAUGGAUGGUUGUGUACGUCUCAAGCGUGUUCUAGCUCAGGCAGAGGUUCCACAGGCACAAAAGAAAUUCGGACGGAUUGAUGAAUCGUUGGCACCAAGAAUUGUAAAGAUUCUUCGCGGAUUUCUACCGGGAACUGUGACAAGGAGGCUUCAGCCCGGUCUUCUAACAGGGAGUGGGAUGUUGUCUGAGAUACGAAGAUGCACAUGCCUUUUUGUGGGACUUCUGUCCCUGACAAGUCAUCAGCCACCUGGGCAAGAACAGUUGACUCGCGUACAGCUGACGAUGACGACUGUGCAGAAGUGCCUCGAAGCAUUUGAGGGUUGUCUGAUACAAUUCCGAAUGGAUGAGAAAGGCUAUUUGAUGAUCGCAGCCUUUGGACUUCCAGGAAACACGCACGAGGAUGACACAAUGAGAGGAAUUCAAGCAGCAAUGAUGAUCAAGGACAGUCUGUCUGCUGUUAGGCAGAAAUGUGCCAUAGGCGUGACUACAGGAAAACUUUUGUGUGUCACAGUGGGCGGAAAGCGAAGGUGCGAGUACACUGUCUAUGGAGAUCCAAUCAACUUGAGUGCUCGCUUGAUGAAGAAGGCUGGUGAAGACAUCUUGACAGACCCUGCAACCUACAGAGACACGUCAGACGGCAUUGAGUACCUCGUGCUCGCACCGAUCAAGCUGAAAGGUAAAUCGUCUGUCCUUGAGGUAUUCCGGCCACUGGGGGAGAAGAAAGCCGAUGGAACAGUGGUAAGGCCACAGGCAACAAGUGGUUCACACACACAUGGGUCGAGGUCAUCCUUUACCAGCACCAAAAGUGAGAAAAAGACUGCCCACCCUAGGGUGAUGGUAGGACGGGAGAAGGAGCUUGUCCUGUUGCAGUCAAAGGCUACGGCGCUCGUUAAGAGCUGGAAGGAGGAGGCGGCAGCAAAUGGACUUGCGCAAGAGGGUCAUAAAUCCAACGAUAAUGAGAACAACAGCAUUCCGGCGGAAGUUGUGGCAGUUGUGGGACAAAUUGGCAUUGGCAAAGGGAAGCUGAUUGAUGUCCUUCGUGAAAGGCUAAAAUCGCAACCUGAUUUACAAGUGAUUGUUGUAAAUGGGGGAUACCUUGGCGGUACACAAGCACAGCUCUUUGGGCCAUGGGUUCGCCUUGCGCUGGAGUUUUUGCCAGCAGACAAGAGCGCAGAGCAGAGAGGCGAGAUGGUGGCUGAGCUUGUUGGUGAAGAGCAUCGGGCACAUCUGUGGAUGCUAAACAAUAUCCUGAACAUCCAUGUGCCGGAGCCGACUCAGUUCGCUUGGACACGAUCUGCGAUAAGAACACCAGAAAUUAGGAAUUCCCAAGCAGGCGUCCGGACACCACUCAAUGCGAUCGUGGAAUCAUCCUCGCGACUUGCAGGAGCCACACCCUUGUAUGGGAAACACGCACAUAAGUUGCCAUUGUCUACAUCAGCGCCAAUCACUCCACUUCUCGCCAGAACCCCCAGAAUCCUCUCUGCAGCAGUUGAGAACAGGCAUGCACUAGCGAGGUUGCGAAGCCCUGUCUACGAGUCCACCACCAGCGCCUCAGAUUCCGCAGAUACAGUUGCAGCUAGCGUGUCAAGCCUAGAGAAGCAAUCUGUCGCCGCCCCGGAUGCCAGCUCUCCCAACACCUCUGAUCGCCUCGAGGCAUUGGAGAUGGACGUCGGCUCCCUCAAGGACGACGUGCAGUUACAGCAAACCGCAACGCAACAGUUGGAGCAGCGGAUCUGUACUGCCGCCAACAACUCGAGUUCGGAACCGCGCGAGACAGCGCCAAAGUUCGACGGGAAGGAGAUCUUCUGCGACUCGACGAAGACAGAUCCGAUUCCAUGGUUCCGCAAGUUCGAGCUCACGUCGCAGCUACACUACGUCAAAGAACACAAGCACCAAGCGUACUUAUACUCCCGGUCGGGGGGCGCGUGCCAGGCAUGGUUGGACAAUCUCUUGUCCAAGUACGGAGUGGUAGCUGCCGACUUGCCUACCAAGAUCAACUGGGAUGAUCUGAAGGCGGCAUGGCAUAAACGGUUCCAAGUAAAGCCGCCGGAGAUCAAGGCAAUGGACAAGCUGAUGGUCUUCGAACAAGGCACGCUGCCGAGUGUCGACUGGAUUGCCGAGUACCAACGCUUGACAUCCGUCCCAGACAUCCAAAUGGGCUUCAAAGCCAUUCGCCACUAUUUUAUCUCAAGGUCGUGUCUGACAUUGAGCAAUGCCUUGACUCACGUCGAGGAUACCUUGACGACAACGGCGGAACUCUUUGACAAGGCCGCACAUAUUAUUAUCACGAACAAUGAGGCAAAGAACCUGUGUUGGUCUGCGGCAGGCCCGAGCAGAGAUCAGCAUCGACCGAAAGUUGACGUGGUCGAGGCGACAAUGCCGUUUGACCAAACUAGCGAGGCCGUGUCUGCCAAUGAAGGGGACAGACUCGCAGCUGCCCGAGAAGAGGUGACGGCCAAAUUAUUCUGGGCGACUUGCGCUUACGAUCAGCCCGAGGAAAUCGGCCUACGUUUCCUACGGACCGUCGCGGUAGCCGACUCUCCACCCACGGACUUGUCUUCGAACCCCCGGGUGGUGCGGUUGCUUUAUGAGUUCGCCGACAUCUUCGAGUCACAUACCGGUGUGGUGCCGGAUCAGCCGAUCUCUCACGAAAUCAUUCUUAAGGCCGGUGCCGUGCCGCUGAAAGGUUGCAUCUAUCGGAUGAGCGAAGAGGAGCUUGAGGUCCUCCGCACACAACUCGACGACUUGUUGGCCAAGGGAUGGAUUCACCCUAGUAACUCCCCAUAUGGAGCACCAGUUCUCUUCGUCCGGAAGAAGAACAAAGAUCUACGAUUGUGUACCGACUACCGCAAGCUCAACGCGCAAACCGUCAAGAAUGCGGGGCCUCUUCCUCGCAUCGAAGAUCUUCUUGAGCGAUUGGGCGGCGCGAAGUAUUUUUCCAAGUUGGAUUUGAAGUCGGGAUAUCAUCAAAUCUCGAUCCGGCCGAACGAUCGCUACAAAUCCACGUUCAAGACGCGGUACGGGCAUUUUGAGUGGGUGGUCAUGCCUUUUGGCCUCACCAACGCCCCGACGACCUUUCAAGCGGCGAUGACCAACGAGUUCCGUGCAGUGUUGGACCGGUUCGUGCUGGUCUACUUAGACGAUAUUCUCGUCUAUAGACGGUCAUUGGGGGAUCAUCUUGAGCACCUUCGACGAGUGUUGGAGACGCUCCGCCGCGCCAAGUACAAGGCUUACCGCGACAAGUGCGAAUUUGUCCGGCAAGAGCUGAAAUACUUGGGCCAUUUUGUCACACCGGAGGGCAUCAGUUUGCUAUCGGACAAGAUUCAAGCCAUCCAAGAGUGGCCGGAGCCACGGAACGUCACGGAUGUCUGCUCGUUCCUUGGCCUCGCCGGCUACUACCAGCGUUUUAUCAAGGGCUACUCGAAGAUCGCGGCCCACUUGACCAAGCUUCAAUGCGAGGAUGGACCGUUUGACUUCGGAGAGAAAGCGCGGGAAUCAUUUUUGACUCUCAAAGCCGCACUAUUAUCUGCGGAGGUCUUGCACAUAUACGACCCGCUUUUGCCUACGCGCGUUACUACGAAUGCGUCCGGCUAUGGCAUUGGUGCCGUCCUCGAGCAACACGAUGGCGUGGACUGGCACCCGGUCGAGUAUUUCAGCAAGAAAGUGUCCGUCGUGCACUCCAUUGACGAUGCACGCAAGAAGGAGCUCCUCGCCUUCGUCCACGUGCUCAAGCAGUGGCGGCACUUCCUCCUUGGUCGAAGCCAAUUCCGAUGGGUAACAGACAAUAAUCCGUUGGUCUUUUACAAGACCCAAGACACCGUCAACAGCACCAUUGCUCGAUGGAUGACUUUCAUCGACCAGUUCGACUUCUUUCCCAAUCACAUUCCGGGGAAGUCGAACCGUUUUGCGGAUGCUCUUUCACGGCGUCCGGAUCACUGUACCGCGGUCUACUCAACCUUCGAGAUCGACCACGACCUACGGGACAGCUUCAUUCGCGGCUACCAAGCCGACCCCGAGUUUUCCGACAAGUACGCGAAUUGCUCCUCUCCGGAUUACGCGAAUUGCUCCUCUCCUAAUCCGGCGCCUUCUCACUACUGGAUCCAAGAGGGGUACUUGCUUGUGCACACCCGGGGGAAGGACCUUCUUUGUGUAUCGACUGGUCCUCACUUGCGUACACGGCUUCUUGACGAGUUCCAUGAUGCUCCCGCCACCGGACACUUUGGAGUCGAUCGCACGAUUGGCAGACUUCGCGAGGAAUUAGACCUUGAAGCCACUAAAGAGCUCAUUUCAGAGACUAUUUGUGGGCAGGCUGAUGCAGUUGGUAUUCCGGAUACUUUGUACAAAUCUAUUUAUGACAAAACACAAGGACACCCUCUGUUUGUGGAGCAAAUGGCAAGUACAUUAACAGACAAAGGGAUAAUUGAGGUGGUUAAUGGGGGAAUAUGCAGGGUUAAGAGUCAACUGAACCUCAGUCAGUUGAGCUUCUCUCACUCAGUUGAAGCUGUAAUUACCAGCCGUGUUGAUCUUCUGAAGCCACUGCUUACCUUGAUCCUCAAGGUGGCAAGUGUGAUUGGUUCGACCUUUCACACGGAGCUACUCUUAAGCGUUUUGAAUGUGCAGUUACAAAGGAGAACGAUGGCUUCUGUUACAAAGGAACAGCUUGAUGCUGCACUCCUGGAGUUGGACAAACUGAAUAUGGUCAGCCACCGUGAGACAGACCCUGAGGGGAUGUACACCUUCAGCAAUUCGGUAACACAAAGGGUUGCCUAUGACAUGCUCCCAUUCAAGACACGGCGGCUAAUUCACAUGGAUGUUGCGCAAUCACUAGCAGCGAAAGGUGCUUCAGCGAUGUUCGUGAGUAUUGCAUACCAUUUCACAAUGGCAUGCAAGGAUGUGGAGGACGUUGAGGAUGACCUUGCUGAGAAUGCCAUUUUCUACUGGGAGGCGGCGGCGGAUGAUGCGCUUUUCAAGUUCGGCGAAUAUAACAUGGCGAUCACAUACUAUAAGGAAGCGCUGAACUUGGGCAAAGUGGCAAGUUUGCAGAUCCCCAGGCAACGAGUCGCGGGCUGGCAUCGCCAUAUAGCUUACUCGUAUGGGGCGCUAGGCGAGUUAGCGAUCAGCCGGGACCACACCAUGCUGGCCUUGCAGCAAAUGGGAGUCUUUUUAAAGCCGGAUUGGGUUCUGCAGUGUGUUGCUGAUAUUGUGAACAGUGAGGCUGUCAAAUGGUUUUGUGCGAUAGGCUGCCGACGAUCACUUCUCAUGGAGGCGUUAGAAAGAUUGCGGCAACGAACUCGCUGGACGCACAACUUGCAUGGCUGCGUGCAUUGGUGUGGUAAGCCAGCAAAUGCAAGAGAAGAGAUUCAGCAGGGACAGGACCAUGACAAGCAAGACAUUAGCCAUGCAUUGUAUUUCCUAGUUGUUAUCGCAUUGAGAAAGGGUGAUCUCCCAUAUGCACAGGCGGCCGCACGCAAAUAUCUGAUGGUGGUGCAAAGCAUACGUAGACCCGCCAUAGGAGAGAUGGCGAGGGCAUUUGCAGCCAAUGCAGCGUGUGCACCGGAGCGCUGGACGGCAGAGGUGUACGUCAACCUGUGCCUUGACAAGCUGGAAGAUGAAUCAGAAACCUAUGGGAGUCUGUGCCCAUUAGCAGAUGCUCACUACAUUUUGGCCUGGGUCUUCCAAUUCAACGCAAAGUGGGAUCUGAUGGAAGACCAUUUAUACCAAGCAUUCUCAAUGUACAAGGCACUUCAAAUGCCAAGUGAGGUAGACAAGUGUGAUUGCGUCCGAGCGAUGGGUUUUCUGUUCCAAGGACAGGAGGAAGAUUGUCGGCAGAUUGCAUCCAAGCUAAUCAGUGUGCAAAAGAACCAUCCGGAGCUCAGAGUCUGGGGUCUCUGCCUGCUCAUGGCAGCAGCCAAUGCUGCCGGACAGUAUGCUGAAACAAUUGCUAUGUACAGAGAAUGGGAGAGAGAGGCGCACACAGUGCCUGAAUUGGAGUGGGAGUUGCCUGCAAUUUGGGCAGAGGCUGAGUGGCACGUCGGAACGCAGGACAGGGCUGUCGAGGUCGCGCUUGGCGUAAUCCCGCAUCUCCUGGGUAGCCUGCCCACUCUGCCGAUAUACAUGCUGUCGGUAAGCUCAGUGGUGGAGGUCCUGCUGAAAGAAUGUGAGAAAGAGAUGCUUACGGAGAAAGAGCAAGAGGAGCGAAAGGUCAGAAAGAGCGAAUUGCGAGGCUGCAAAAGAAAGCUUAAGCUUGUGAAAAAGCUCCUGCAACAUCUCAACAGAAUUUCAACAAGAAUUGUCCUCGCGACAGGUUACCAUCGGUUCUUCCAAGCUCGCCUGCAGCUUGUGCAAGGGAACUAUGCUGAAGCGCACAACCUUUUUCUCUGGAGCAAACGCAGUACGGCGGAACUGAACAUGAUGAUGCUGUACAAUACAUCUGAAACCUGGCGAGCGAAAAGCCUAAGACCUCUGUGAUUGCCCCAAGCUUGGCAUUCCAGAG